ACGACCAUGACGAUGAACGACACUACUACCAACAACACAACCAACAGCAACAAUAAUAAGAGCGUCACUACCAAGAAUGGCAAUCGGCACAAGAAGGCACCCAAAAAGGGCCGUCAACAGAACAACAACACUUUUCGCCCCGAUUGUCUGGAUCCCACCGUGACACUGCCCUCGUCGUUGACGAGUACCGAUUUGGAAGGCUGUCAGGAUUUGUUGGAGGAACUCGCCCGGACUCAUUCCGCCGCAUGGCAAGAAAAGACGUUGACGACGUAUCACCACAUGUUGAGCAGUGUGGCCGGACAGGAAAAAAUAAAGAAAAGUGAAUUCACCGACCAACGACGACGCACUCUGCUCACGAGAUGUCUCAAAAGGACCACCAAAGAACAACAACAGCAACCCGCUGACAAGCCAGUCACAGACAAGUCAGAAAAGAAACAAACCACGGAAAAGCCAGAACCUCCCAAACUAGAAUCUCCCAAAACAACAACAGGCUUGAGUUUAUCCGACACCAUCAGAGCUGCCGCGCAAACUUCCACCGUCACAUUGCCGGGAACCAAAAUCCAACUAGAACCAUCCACGGCCGCCAUUUUUCAUGCCUUACGGCCCGACUGGCAAUCACGGGCAUUGCGGUUGUGUGAUGAAGCUGCACGAACGGCACUCCAAGAAGGAAACAAAGUGCCACAAUCGCUUUUUGUAUCCGUCUUGCAACAAACGCCCGUCACAUUGCCCAAAACCAAAUUUACACUGGAACAAUCGGCCGCUGUGUUAUUUCAUACACGGUUCGAGGGACGACAAGAACAGGAUGACGCCUUGGCGGCGUGUGACCAGGCCGCACUGCACUUGAUACAAAAGGGAAGUAGUAUUCAAAAACCCGUCGAGUUCUUUACGACGGUCCUCCAAAAACUACAACAGAACAACAAUAAAACAAAGGCAACCACUACUACUCCAACAAUAAUGGCCAACAACAAUAAACAAAUCAAAUCCACCACAGUAAUGGCCAAUACUAAGAAUCCCGUGCCAGUCAAUCCUACAACACCCACCAAGAAGGGAGGCAUUCUGGUGCUGGGAAGUUCCAAAAAGUCCAACAACAGUAAACCCAAAAUACAACUCUUGCAAAAACCAGCACUGGCCGAAAAGAAUCAUCGAAGCCAGAGUGAAGGAAUACCAAACAACUCUAGUCCAAGUAGUAGUCAAGAUGCUGCCACCAUUGCCAUGUUGCGAGAACAGUUGGAUCUACGAGCCAAACAGUGUCAAGAACUGGAAAAGAAAACCAAAGACUUGACCAAACUAUGGGAAGCCGAAAAGUACAGUGUGGGAGCGUACAAGGAACGCCUUCAAACAUUGGAAACGUCCAUUGCCAGAUUGCAACAACAACUCAAGGACAAGGACGGUCACGUCCAAGAAGAACUGCAACUUGCACAUGAAAAUCGAGCGCAAGAACAGGCGGAAUACAAAAAUAUGGUCCAUGCCUUUACCAAACUGUCCCAGGAACUCUGUCAUGCCCAAGAGGGAAAACGGGAAUUGGAAGAUGCCCUCGAGGCGGAACGGGCCAUGACCCAAGAAAAGAAUGACGAACUACAACGCCUCCAACACGAACUGAAACGAUCCGAAAUGCUGCGACCCACUCCGCGAAACAGUGUUCCGGAACCUCGACGGGUACAAGCGUUGCAGCGGGAAUUGCGGCGGACCCAGGAGAAAUUGGCCAAACUAACGGGGCAACAACCAAAGCAAACUAGUAAAAAGAAACCGUCGCUGGCAGAUUUUGUCGUGACGGACCAGAGUCCGCCGCCAACGCCAACUCGCAUUCUUCAACGGCCGUCGUCAUCGGAGGAGGCACAGGGGCAGAUCCAUGUGUUGCAGCCUCCUCGAAAUCAUGCCAGCUCUACUGGGAGCAGCAGCAACGCGGGUCCCAACAAUUUACUCGAGUGCGAGCUUCCCGGCCAAACGUUAGCACCACCAGCGUUUCAACAAGAGACAGAGUGUCAACAACAGCAGCAACCAUCCGAUAGCACGGAGAUUCGCUUUCAUGGGAUUGAAAAAGCAUACGACGAGUCGGACGACGAAGGCGGCGACAUGGUGGAUGAUACCACCGAGAUUGAUUUCCUUCUGGCAUCCUUUGGUGAAGGCGAGCUUCAAGUGGACUCGGACGAGCGCAGAGUGACACGCACUCUGCACCUCGAAAUGGAUCGCAACCAUGAAGUGGUCGAUGUCCACUUGAUCUUGUCUAUGCCGGAGGGAUAUCCAUCCGUGGCGCCUCUAGAAGUGGAAGCAUCACUGGCUCCGGAGAUAAGUCCCAGUGUUGCGGCGCGCAAAGUCACCAUGGACGCACUGCCGGAUCUUGUGAAUGUUUGUCGUUGGGAAGCCAAUGGAUCGAUUGGAUCCGAAGCACUCUUUAAUGUCUUUCAAACUGCCGAUGAAUGGGUUCAGAAUGAAUGGCAUGGGAUUCAAGCCAAGCGUCUUCCAGCGGAUGCAUCCGGAAAACCUUGCUUACCGGCAGCAGGAGCUACCAAUGGCAGCCUCCAGAUGGCUCGGCUUCUGCUUUCGACGCAUCAUUUGGUGGAUGGGGAAAAGAUAAACUUUGUAAAGAUGACUGCAAGUCAUUACAAUCUCGGUGGAUACAUCAAAGUUGGGUACCCAGGGUUUAUUCUGGUGGAGGGGCUGGAGGACAACUGCACCUUUUUUGUGGAGUCUCUUGUCCAACAACGCAUGAAAUUACGAAACAAAUCCAAGCAGGGGGGCAGGUGUGAUUCUGCAACAUUCUCAGUGGCUGGAAAGGUCAUCGUCGAGGUGGAAGAAGAGUUUGAGGGAGAACGGAAGCUUCCGAAAAAGGUGAUUGAGAUUGACAAAUCAAGGGAGGGAAUGGAAUGUUUCCGCGAGUUUUGCGCAGGUGUGGAGCUGUCCAAGUACAUUGAUUGA